AUGCGGAAGUGAAGCGCACAACAACAAGAGAUUGAGGAAAACGAAACAGAACCAGGAAUCAGACUAAAAAAGAACAAUGUUGCACGAAUUUAGAUGAAAUCGACAUUGUUUAAAACAACAAGAGGAACGAGGCUUUUUCGAAAGAUGCACUGUGUGGCUACCGAAAAACAUCUGGAGAGCCCAGGGGUCCUCCAGAAGACUCCUGAUGAGGAAUCAUGUGAGGAGGAAAUGGACACAUCAGAGGCAAAGUGGCACUGGUUUUACCUUGCAGAGUGUGGCGUCUGGCACAUGUUUGAAGAAGUUCCGAGCACAGGGUGUUCUGUCACCAAUGAGCAAAUUGAACAAUACUUCUGCAAGAAUCAGCAUGCUUCAAUGGACUUCUAUACUGCUAAAUAUACCUAUAAAUUAGACUUUUCUGCUAUGAAACAAGUCAAUGUGACUACUGGAAAAGAAAGGCCAAUCAAAAGGGCAUUGCAUUCAGCUACUGACUUUAGAUUUAUCUGCGAUAACCCAGCUCUUCCUGUACCCAGUCACUGGGAAAGAGUUAAUACUGAGGAACCCUAUCAGCUUAUUGCUCUAUGCAGAGAUACGUUUGAGUACAAAGAAGUGGCCCGUUUAUAUGAGAGAACCAUGAGCCAGUCCAUCAGAUCCAUUCAGAGAAUACAGAACCUGGAUUUGUGGGAGUUUUUCUGCAGGAAAAAGGCCCAGCUGAGAAAGAUAAAACAUGCAGUAAACGUUGAAGAAAAGAUGCUUUUUCACGGAACUGGCCACAGUAACAUACAGGCCAUAUGUACAUACAACUUUGAUUGGCGUCUCACAGGAAGUCAUGGUGACGUCUAUGGGAAAGGAAGCUAUUUUGCACGCGACGCAAGAUAUUCCAGCAAGUUUUGCCAUUCGACUAGCAAGCAUAACUUUAUCCUACAGAGACAUGGUAUGGCGCCCGCUAUUUUCCAGAGUGACCCGCCUUACAAGUGCAUGUUCCUGGCCCGGGUUCUAGUUGGGGAGUACACACUGGGUCACCCCCAGUACUGCAGACCUCCUUCUAAAGACACAAGCAUUGCCAACUUUUUCGACAGCUGUGUGGAUGACAUGAUAAACCCUAAGAUCUUCGUUAUAUUCGACAGCAACCAGAUCUAUCCGGAAUACCUGAUUGAAUUUUACUGAUAUCAAAGACCUAAAGAAAGUCAGCAUAAACUUUGUUAACGGAUCUUACCGUACCGUGAAGUUGUGGGAGUUUUAGAGCAGAGUGCUGUAACCGUGUUGAGGA